GUCAAACAAGGCCACACCAAAGGAAGAUCUCUAACACCAACGAUCACGAGAAACCAGCCAACGCCACAGCACCCUAACCACAACAACUCCCAAUCUUCAAACGGAAUUGAUCUGCCUACAACCAACACACCCGUCACUCACCGCCAGACCGUCUGCUUCCACUCCGACCAAAUCAUGGGCGAUCAGUUCAUUGGCCUCACCGUGUUCCUGACCAUCCAGGGACCCGAGCCUCUUCAGUUGCGGGGCCUUGUCGCGGCUGUCGUGGAUCAGCAACUUGCGUUGACCAAUGUUUUCUUCCCCAAAACCGGCCAUGCGAUGAAUAACUACCGCGUCAAGGGCGCCGACAUCAUAGAUGUCGAAAUCGUCGAUGGUAACUUUGUCCCUCCUCGGCCUCAGCCUCAGCCACAGCACCUACCGCCGAAGCAUGCCUAUCCUCAAAUGCGACCACAGCCACCUCCAUUGCAGCAGCAGCAGCACCAAUAUCAUGUGCCACCGCCGCCGCCGGCAUACCACACCUUCGCACCCCCGGGCUUCAUGAACGCGCCGCCGCCAGCCUUCCCAGGCUUCGCGCCUCCUCCUGCGCCGCCGUCUUUCGUGCAGCCGCCUCCUCCAGUGUCUGUGCAUGUAUCAGCACCCACCGCCGCAAAGGCCGCACCGCCGCCAUUCGAAGACCCUGCCAUCGUCUCGAUGUCCCGGAAGCCCAGCGUUAUUCCAUCUGCGUCCGCGCCUGAACCGCAACCGGGACCUCCGUCGCGACCGCAAUUCGACGUGAAAACCCCGACUCGGACGCCGGUGCUCCCCGUUCCAUCGGCAAUAUCGAGAUCCGGCUCGCACGGUUCGCACGGCUCACGCAAGCAAUUGUCGCAGGACAUCAGCGUGCCGUUGAAUACUGUCAAUGUCGCCGGCAUUCCCGCGGCGGCCAAGUCUUCGCUUCCUCGCGCUUCUGGUGCUCCCUUGGAGAAAAGGGCCGAGCCGAAGGCGGCGCCGACGCUGCAGCAGCAGUUCACGGAUAUGUCGUUGCGCAACUAUGCGGCGGAGUCGAGUGCGUUCGAGACAGACGACCCGGUUACGCCGUUUCCCCCAAAGCCCACUUACCCCUCGCAACGGCGCCCCGUCAGGAAGCUACCGCCGCGCAGGCAGAUGCAGCAGAACGACCAGUUCAUGCCUUCUUCUACGCAACAGCAGCCGCUGGAGGGAUCGGUGGUGCUGCAGCCGGGGAUGUUCGGGGGUGCCAUUGCGGCGGCGGCGGGAGCGGGCUACGGUGCGCAAAAGAAGAAGAGCAAGCGGCGGCAACGCUACGAGAAUGGCCACUACGCGCGCGACGAAGAGGGCUGGGCGACCGAGGACGUCACGGAUUUCAAAGAGACGGAGUUCGAUUUCCAGGGAAAUCUGGACCGCUUCGAUAAGAAGACAGUCUUUAGCCAGAUCAAAGCGGAGGAUACUACGGCUGAUGAGGCCCGCCUGGUCUCGUUCAAUCGUCUGCCGAAAAGAGAUAAGGCGGUUCCCGUGAGGAAGAAUUACCGCAAUAAUGAGAAUGUUAUCAAUAGCUAUCCGACUGGACAAUCUCUGGCUGAUAGGGACGGCUGGAAGUCGCCUGAGUUCGCUGCGGAACAGUCGGAAGAUUCGGAUGACGACGAGGAUGAGGAUGAUGAGGAUGAUGAGAACGACCGUAAUUUCGGAGCUGUCGAUAGCGGACGCAGCAGUCGUCGGGCCGUGUCACGUCAAUCCGUCUCAAACCGCUUGAGUACUCGACAGAUGAGCACGGCAGGGCGAGGAUCCACGGACAAUCUGCAAACCUUAUCCAGCAGCGGCAGCGGCAUCACGAGCAAGCCCGGCAAGCCCGCCUUCCGCCUCACACCCGGCAACCGUCCAUGUCCCACCGUCAGUCCUUUGCAAAUGCUCGACGUCGAGCGCAUUGCCGAAGUCGAACUCGGCCUGACGGACGACAUGAUGACCGAGAACGCCGGGCGCGGCAUCGCCCAAGUCGCAAUCCAAGCAUUCGGCAAGCGCAUCUCAGCGUCCAACCACAACGCCCUCCCCGUCGUCCUCGUCUUCGCAGGAAACAACAAAUCUGGCGCCCGCGCCAUCGCUGCCGGACGCCAUCUCAAGAACCACCACGUCCGCGUGAUGGCGUGCGUCCUCGGCCUCGAGCGCGAAGACGAGCUCCUCGAGAAUGUGCGCCGACAACUCAACAUCUUCCGCAACGCGGGCGGCCGAGUCGCCAGCUGGCCCGAAAUGCAGAGCAACCUCAAGGGCAUCGAUUCACCGCCGGAGCUAAUCAUCGACGGCCUUUUGGGUUGGCACCUCGGCUUCGAAGACCUCCGCACGGACCACCGCGCCACCGCCUUCGAACUCGUCCAGUUCGCGAACAAGAGCAAGGCCUCGGUGCUGAGCGUUGACAUUCCCAGCGGUGUCGACGGCAGCUCUGGCGAGAUUGCGCAGCUCGAGGACACGGACGCGUUCUACAUGCGCGCCAAAUGGGUCGUGUGCAUGGGCGCGCCAAAGAGUGGCCUCCUCCACGCUAUCGUUAUGGGCAUCGGCGCAGGUUGGAGCGUGUUUGUUGCCGAUAUUGGAAUCUCGAAUACCGCCUGGAGGAAGUAUGGCACCCGCAGACGCCAUGGCGUCGAGUUCUCUUCUGAGUGGGUCACGAAGGUCGCACUGGCUAAUGAGGCGCCUGAAUGAUGGGGAAUAUGCGGGUUUCUCAUAUCUCAAUACUUUAUUAUUGGGUGAUAUCUGCAUAUGGCUUUACUCGAUAUCUUUAGCGACUUGUAUUCUACCUUUGUCCCUUUUUUUAUUUUUGUUAUCGUUUUUUCUUUGGGCUAUGGGUUUGUGGGGUGGGGGGCGCUUGGGAUUGAUUCAUUGUGGCUAAGCUUGCCGAUGCUGAUGGUUAUGAUUUGUUUCAUGUACGAUGUAAGAUGUAACAUAACUCAGUACUUUGUGGACCGAGAAGGUUGUUAAUGGCAUC